UGGCCAGGACUGAUGUUAUAUUUUUCCUUCCCUCUUCUCUUCUCCCCAUAGUGCCUUCUCCUGCUCCAGCCAUGGGUCAGUCCCCCUCUUCCCAACCCUCUCAUGGUGGUGAUUUGGCCUCCAGCUUUGAGAAGUUUUUUAAGGACUUCAAGAUGGAAAGCAAAAUCAUCUCUCAGGAAGCCAUCAAGUCAAUUCAAUCAAGCCUGAAAGCGGGGGACCUUCAGAGUGCAGUUUCUGUCAUCAAUAAUGCAUUGAGAGAUAUCAAUAAAGCCCCACUGAGCAUUGCUGUGACUGGGGAGUCUGGGACAGGGAAGUCCAGCUUCAUCAAUGCCAUACGGGGUUUGCGGGAUGAGGAGGAAGGGGCUGCCGCUACUGGGCCGGUAGAGACAACCAUGGAGAGAACGAAAUAUGAACACCCAAAGCUUCCCAAUGUGACAUUAUGGGACCUGCCUGGCAUAGGGACCACUACAUUUCCACCUCAUGAGUAUCUGGAGAAAAUGAGAUUUAAGGAGUAUGACUUCUUUAUCAUCAUCUCUGCUACCCGCUUCAAAAGCAAUGAUGCACAACUGUCUUCAGCAAUUGAAAAAAUGAAGAAGAAUUUCUACUUUGUUCGAACUAAAAUAGACAGUGAUUUAAGUAACGUAAAAAGGUGUCAACCCAACAAAUUUAACGAACAAGAAACCCUGGAACAGAUCCGCAAUGACUGUGUGAAUAACCUUAAAAAGGCCAAUGUGAGUGAUCCUCAGGUCUUCUUAAUCUCCAGCUUUGACUUGGCUGACUAUGAUUUCCCAAGGCUGGAGAGUACCCUUCUGAGGGACCUCCCAGAGCAUAAGCGCCACAUCUUUAUGCAACACCUGCCGAAUAUUACUGAGGCCACCAUUGACCGAAAGAAGGAUUCCCUGAGACAGAAGGUCUGGCUGGAGGCCAUGAAGGCUGGAGCAUCGGCCUUUGUCCCUAUGAUGGGUUACAUCAGUGGUAACGAUAUGGAGACUUUAAAGGACUCUUUAACCCUCUACAGGGUUUUCUUUGGGCUGGAUGACUCAUCCCUGAAAAUCAUGGCCAAGGACUUGGAUGUAUCGGUGGAGAAACUCAAGGAAAACCUUAAGUUUCCCCAUUUGCUAUCAGUUGAGAAGGAUGAGGAAUCCCUAGGAGAAAAACUGCGGAGAUAUGUGGAAAAAUUCUGCUCUGUUAGUGGAGGACCCAUUGCCUCUGGUAUUUACUUUAACAAGAUUUUCUACCUUCAAAAUAUUGUCCUUGAGACUGUAGCGGAUGAUGCAAAAGUUCUUCUUAAAAAACAGAUUUCUAAGGACUUUGAGGACUCUGGGCAAGCCUCUUUACCUCAGGAUGUUGGGAAUGAAAAUGGGAAAAGUAAGACAGCCAGCUCCUGAAUUAUUCUCAGUGCUGCUAUGGCACUGGUGCCUGGAAAGAUGACUUAGGGCUUCCUUUAAGCAUUCUGACCCACUGCCCUCAAGGGUAUCACAGACAUUUCCAUAAUACACUCUUGAAUAAACCACUAAUGUAAUGACUAUUAUUUGACAGUGAGAGCAAUGACCUCUGAAGAAUCCUUCCUUUGUAUGAUUGUUUUGGGAAAAGUGAAGGACAGUGAUCUGGAAUUUUCUGAUUAGUGGAGAGAAUAACUCUUUGUGUGAUGGUUACUUCCUACACAGCACCGGUCUUUCUACUGACAUACUAGUAAAAAAUGGCUAUGCACAGAGUGGGUUCUGAAAAUGAAUUUUGAAAUAAACACAUGCAUAGUGCA